AAUUGGAACUAGGAAUAGAGGGCGUCAUGUCAGACAAUACUGCUGAUCCUGAUGCACGGUUUUCUGCAGAGGUGCUCGACAAACUCGAUUUGAGUGGGCACAAAAAUGCAGUAGAAAAGACACAGGCAUCAAUCCAAGCACAAAAACCUAAUUCGACGCAACCACCCACAUUUGAUAGUUUUCCGGAAAUACCUAUUCCCCCGGCAUCAACUUCAUCAUGGAGUAUCCCAACAUUUGCGUCUUUCCCGGUUGAGAGCUUGCCGCUCCUUCGUGCUCCUCCCUUAGUUAGCGAAGCUAUUCAGUUUUCAUCAAACAGUGACAGGAACUACGAAUACAAAGGCUCCAAUGAACUUAAAUCUAAAGAUAAGAAAAGAGCAAAGAAAGAAGAAAAGGAACAUGGUCGCAUUUACGAUCAUCGUCGACUUGGCAGUAGUGAUGCCUAUAGAGCUAGUAAACAGGAUAAUGACAGAUCAAGAGACAAAGAUCAUAGAAAGCUACCAGCUCAUGACGACCAUAUAAAGCAAGAUGCUAAUUGGGAACAUGAGCGGAGACGGGAACGACCGAAAAAAGGAAAACGACUUAGCGAAAGCAAGAGUCCCGAUAGGCUGCUUGAGAGUCACCGCGAUAGAAGCGAACGACUGAGUCGUGGUGACUCCCAUAUUGAUCGAGAGCGGCGGAAAGAAGGAAAACCCAGUAGAAGCAGAAGUAGAAGUAAGAGUAGAGAAAGAUCUUCUCGGAGGGAUAGGGACCACAAUACCCAGAAGGAACAUGAUCAUCAUGAUAGUCGCGAGCAAAAGAGGAGUAGUAAUCGCAAUGAUCGCAGAAGAGACAGCUCUAGGGACCGAUAUAAUGAUCGACAUAGUGGGAGCCAAUUGAAAAAACACCAUGGCGAUGACCGUAAUAUUACGCAAGUUUGGGACCAAUAUUGGGAACAGGACCGCCACCGUACAAAGCAGCAUUCUACUAUGCACAGAUCAGACGAACCUUUGCGUAAGAACCUUGAUCAUAAAAGAAGACGGUGUGAGGAGGAAGAAGCGAAGGAUGAUUAUGACAAUUCGUGGACUAGCCGCAGUAAGCGAGAUCGUCGGCUAGAACAAGGAACAGGCAGUGAAAUACCGAUCUCAGUAUACCCAUCCUCUUCGACAUGGCAGCGUAGCGGCACUUCUGAAGAAAAGAACAAACCAGGUACAUGGGUUAUAGAUGUUCGUGGUGACCAGGAUUUCUUUCGUUAUGGUGGCAUCAACCCCCGGACAAUACCAAAAUACAACCGUGCAGGAGGUGGUCGAGUAUUAGGAAUGCCAUCAGAUAUACUGAUAGAUUACGAGAAGACUAAAGCGCAAGGCGGGAAAUUCAUUGUUUUUAAAACGAAGAAAAAGAGCACUAAAACUAAGCGCUAUGUUGAUCCCCAUGCGACGUGGCGCGAUCAGAGUAAGGAAUACAAAAGAAUUUCACGAGCAAAGGCUGAAGAGCUGGCGAAGUUAUCAAACAUAGUGUGCGAAGAUUCAUCAUUCAUAUCGCUUGAUAUUCGGUCGAGGAGCAGUAAGAGGUUGCAUUCAUCAGAUCGGAGCGAUAGUGAGAAUACAAGCGGCGAGAUCGAUAGUGACAAUGAACUAGGAAUUUCAGGGAAAAAAAAGGUUGAUUACAGAGAUAUCCAUGGUAAAUCUGUUUACAAGGAAGAGGAUGAGGACUUAAUGCAGACUACAAGUGACCAGGAAGAAGAAGGCGCAGAGAGCGCGCUGGACGUACUCAGAAGACGCAGGAUGAUGGUUGACGCAGAGUUGCGCAAAGAUCCAAAACAACCCAGCAAAUGGCUAGAGUUUAUUGCCCUCGAGGAUGAAAUCGACCUAGUCUCGAAUCGGCGUUCAACAGCCAAAGUUGGAGCCCAUUCCACCAGUCAUUUUGAGGUAAAGCUUAGUAUUUUUGAACGUGCUUUGCUGUCCAAUCCAACAAACGAGCGUUUGUUAUUGGAAUACAUGAACACGUGUCGACAAUGCUGGGAAUCUGCCAAAGUCCUGUCAAAAUGGGAUGAGCUCUUGCAGUCAAAUCAGAUCCAAACAGCUUGGCCAGGCCUGUGGAUUGAAUAUCUGGAUUAUCGACAGCGACAUUUCUUGAGUUUCUCAGUCAAGAGUUUUGUGCGCGUUUUGGGGGAAGGAUUGGAGCGUUUAGGGCAACUAGCGAGAUCGACUUGGAUGGCUAUACAGCGGUCGCCUGAAGAGAAUGCAGAACUAGGAAUACAGCUUGUUAAGGUUGAGUCGGUCAUGGUUCAUAUCAUGGCUCGAGCAUGGACAUUCUUAAAAGAAGCAGGAUAUGUUGAGCGAGCUCAAGGCAUCAUUCAAGGCCAGAUAGAAUUUUUAUUCAAUAUGCCGCCCAGUCUGGCGACAGAAUCAUGGCGAGUUCAGAUCAGGAGCCUAGAAGAAUUUUGGGAUUCUGAGUUACCGCGUUUUGGAGAAAAGGAUGCAAAGGGAUGGAACCACUAUGUUACUGAGGAGGAUGAAGUAGCAGUGGAAGGCUUGCUUGAAUCCGUAAAACUACCUUCACUAAAUGCCCCUACUGAUGAGUUGAUCAAAGCGUUCGCCGACAAUAAUGUUGAUCGCUAUCAUUAUACUCGUUGGGCGAGUCUUGAGAGAGAGCUUUCCACCCUCUGCUGGUUCCCUAUACGAACCACAGAGGAGCUACCGGAUCAGUUAGAGGAUGAUCCUUACGGGAUCAUCAUAUUUGAUGACAUUCGACCCUUUAUUUCUUCACUUUACUCCCCUGAGGCCCGCCAACAGUAUAUAGAAUGUGUAUUUAAUUUUCUUGGCAUACCUAUUAACUCGUCUAUUGGGUCAAAUGGGCCACAGACACUAUCAAGUUCAUCGGUAUCAAAUCCUGAUUCUUACUCAAAACAAUCGAUAACGAACGUCAAUAACAUCAGCACCUAUAAUCCUUUUUUCCACGACAGUUUAUUGCUGAACUUGGGCAUGAAUAUCCAGUCUACAUUAGCCUCCAACGAGGGCCUAAGAAGGUUCUUUCCCGAAUUUGACGAUCAUGCAAAGUUGGUAGAGUGCAUUCUCAGGGACAUUGCGCGGGAAUAUAACUUUCAAGAACCAAUGAGAAAAGGGGAGCAACAAAAUUGGGACUAUGUCUGGAACUUGCCAUUGAGGUUAUUUCCUCAGAGUGCGGACACGCUAUUCGGAAACAUUAAUCAAACACUGGAGCCAGAAAAGAUGGAGAAAACUCGAUAUCGAUGGGCCACUGUGAGUAGCAACGAAGAGAUACAGACAACAAACAAGCUUUUUAUCCGACGUUCACUUCAGCAGCUAAUAGAGGUCGUCCCAUUAUCCAAGAGCCAGCGGCGUAAUCUCUCGCUUUAUCAUAUGAUGUAUGAGACCUUGGAUACAAUGUCUGCAGUCAAAAGCCAGAAGCUAGCCAAGAAAUAUUUGAAGAAUGACAGAAUGGAUCUUGAUUUGUGGAACGCAUAUGCUCAAGCAGAAAGGGCACUUGGCCGUAUUUCUGAGGCUCGAAAAAUAUAUUCAACUGUCUUAUCAAUGUACCAAUCUUUUCCGAUAAAUAUCCAAGCAAGAGUGCCUCUAAUUUACCGUUAUUUCGCAGAGUUAGAAUGGGAACAAGAUCGACCUGGUGCUGCGCUGGGAAUCCUUGUGGCAUUUGCAGAAGGAACUUCAGUAACCGUCCCGGAGGAUUCACAAGAUGAUAUUCCAGUGCCUAACCCAACGAGGCUGAUCAAAGCACGUCAGUUUUAUGCUCAAAAGGUGGCACAGCUCAAUUUGCGUCGCCCUUCUAUUAUGGCACAAAACAAUCCAAUAAAUGCACAGAAAGAGUCAAUCGGUGGUCAGUGGUUUGAGCCUGCUUUAGACCUAGUCGUCUGUUUUGCAUGGUUCGAAUACCUCUCUGCCACAACUGGCGCAGCAGCGGUAGGCUCGGGUUUACAGUCUGGUAUCAGGGUUUUUGAAAACACGAUCCACGAGCUGGACUUACGAAACCCAGACAGUGAAAUUGAGGUGCCCAUCGUAUCUUCGCAAGAUGAGACAGAAAAACGGAAACAAAGGCAGCAACCUCUAUUCUAUUCAUCUCUCGCAAUAUUUGCGGAUGCUCUAAAGGCCGAAAAGACAACCGUAACAAAAAAGAUUUGUACAAGUGUUGAAGCAGAAAUGGUAUGGAUUCAGCUUACGAAAAUGGUUUAUCUUCAUUCCCAAAAAGGCAUGGGUAGCACAUCCAAGCAUAAUACCUCAUCGCCAUUAUAUCGCGGUAAAAUUGUUGGAGGCAGGAGUGACGGAGCAGGGUUCCAGCCUCGUGACUUGCGCCGAGUAGUUCAAGAGGGUUUAAAACGAUUUCCGAACUGUAGCAUUCUACAGUCGCUAUUUUUCUGGUCCGAGACAAAGCAACGAUUGCAUGGUCGCGUUCGCACAUGGGUUAAUGAACAGUUGGCUGGCCGGCAGUACCACAAUUGUAAUAAUGGAUCUCCCGUUAGUAAGGCGCCGAUGUGGGUUUUUGGCAUAUAUUAUGAACUAUGGAAUCAAGAGCCAUACAAUCCCAGUGUUGUACGUUCUAUUCUAGAAGCGGCUCUUGAAUCGGCUUCGAAAUCAUCAUCAGCCACUUUCAACUCGAGUCCAAGCCUAUGGCUAAUUUAUAUAGAGCUCGAACUGCGGGAGAGUGCUCGACAAGCUAAACCCUCAUCAGCAUUAUCAUCAAAAUCAACAAUCGACACUGUCACUCCAGAAAAAACUGAAACAAAUAUGCGAGUGAAGCAGCUUCUGUUGCGUGCGUUGAACGAUUGUCCUUGGAGCAAGGAUCUUUAUAUGCUUGCGUUUGAGCCGAGACUACGAAGAUUAUUUUCACUAGAUGAGCUAGAUCAAUUGUAUGAGACCAUGCUGGAAAAGGAGAUUCGUUUGCGCAACGAGAUCCCAGAGCGAGAAGGAAAGCAAGCUCAAGAUUCCAAAGACCAUCAGGCAUGGGAAAAAGAAGAUCCUUCUCGUGAUGAUAAUAGUGAUUCUGGGGAAGAAGGACAGGAUAUCAAGAUGAGAGAUGGAUGAGAGUAGGUAGUAUAAAAUGUUCAUUUAAUACAGUAGAUAUUGUCUGACCUUUGUGAGAGAAGCUCAGCUACUAUUAAUUCUUCACUUUGAAGUGAUAGAUAAUAGUUGUUUUUAUUGCUUAAUGAAUGUAUACUGCGUAAAAAAAGGGAAUGG